GAAGUACUAUGGUUCUCACGGUAGUCGAACUACAUUUUGCUGCAUUACGCUGACUUUGUUUCUCUUGAUUCCUUUGCUUUCUGCCGUAAAAACAGUCGACUUCGGGGCCGCCGAGGUGUGGACUUUUGGACUCUCUUAAACAAAAGAAAAACAAAAGAAUUAUGACGUCGAGAAAAAUCUCGCCGAGGUGUGGACUUUUGGACUCUGGUUAAAACAAAAGAAUUUGUGACGUAAAAAGAAUCUCGCCGAAGUGUGGACUUUUGGACUCUCUUUAGUCGAAAUUUACGGUGAAAGAAAUAUUGAUAUUAGGGGAUGGGUGCGUAGGAAUAAUUUACCCUUCCUAUUGUUAUUGCCUUGCGGUAGCCGCAAUAACAAUAGGAAGGGUAAAUUUCGGCCAACUGCAAUUCUGAAGCUCUUGCUGAUCCAACAUGUCUUCUGAUGGGAGCUUGCGGGAUCGGGUUGUGCUUGCUGUAAAAAGCAAUGAUAUUUGCGAAUGUAAAAGUCUUUAUAAGAUAUUGAAAGAUAAAAUAACAGAGUUUCCUGAUUUCCGAACAUUAGAUCAUUAAAGAAAGAUUGAGAAAAAGUUGUUAAGCAGAAAUUUCAGUGCUGAACAUUUUAUUCCUGGGUAUGCAAAAGAGAAAGCAUUCGUCGCUUUGAGGUAACUAUCUAUUUUUACUUUUGUUGAUAAUCCCUAAGGAAUGUUUAAAAAUAAUUUAAUUGUAUUGUGGUGCCAAAGCGCUAUUAAGCUUUUACACAUUAAACAAAAGUGGUUCACUACAAUAUACAAAAAGUUUCUAUUUGGGUCAUCAAGACUAUUUAAUGACAAUAAUAGAGCCAGCUGUUAUUCUUGUUGUAGAUUUGCAGUAGAGUGAAGGGAACAAAUUUUUUAUGUUCACUUUUGUAGAUCUGACGCAGUGGCUAUUCAUACGUGACUGUACUUUAAUAUUUUUUUCUAUUCGUACGUGACUCUCACGUAUUAUAAUAUUUUUUUUCUAUUCGUACGUGACACUCACGUAGUUUAUUAUUUUUUUAUUUUUUUCUAUAUUUGCGAUUUUUUAUAUCUAUUCUUCGUACGUAAAAUCUUUUCUUUCUCUUUUCAUAAAAAAAAAAAAUAUUUUUUAUACUUGCAUGAAAUUUCAAUUUGUUAUGAGGAAAGUUUUUGUAGUAGAAACCAGCCUUUUCAACUUCAUUACAAUUUCAGUUGCAAAAAGGCACGAAUAGGACUUCAAUGCAGAAGGAAGAAGAUGGAGGUCGGACAGAGUUUUUCGAGCUUUGAGCAGUUAAAUGAAGCAAUUUGUAGUCAUAAAAAAGCUAAUUAUAUUCAAAUUCAUGUCAGGAGUUCUCGUUCUAUAGAGAGUGAAGCUAAACGUGCAACGAAAAAAAAAGUAUAAUACCAACAUAAAAUUCUCUGAGAUUGAUUAUUGGUGUAUUAAUGAUGGCAAGAAAUUUUUAUCCACUUCAACUGGAAAACGUCCAAAACAAUCGUGAGUAUUAUAGAACUGAGUCUAUAUGCGUCGUAAUCAAGUUCUAUUUUUUAAGAUGAGUGUCUCGAUGAUAGUCGAUGAUUUUCGUUUCAUAGUAAAACUAAUAAAAAAAGGUAUAUUUCGUUUACAUAACAUUUCAUCUAUGAUUUACGCAUACUUGAGCAUAGAAUAUUCUUAAAAGUUGUAUAUAGAAUUUAAGGCUAGUUUCUAUAAUGAUCAAAAUGAAAAAUUUUCCUUACAUUUCAGCAAGGAUGUAUGUAUAUGAUAAAAAUUAGAACAACUGAAGACGGACAACAACUAUAUGUGAAAGAUAUGCACAAAGAACAUAACCACGCUGUCAAUAAGGUAACAAAAAAUGUUAACUGUUUUACAAAUUUAUUAUGACCCUAACAUGCAUGAAUUUACCUUACAGGCAUGUUUUGAACAUUUACCGCAACAACGUCGUAUAACCGAUGUAGAUACGUCAGCUGAAAUAACAAAAAUGCUUCAGUUGAAAGCAAACAAGAAACUUUUACAAAACCACGUAUCUAAAGUAGCAGGUUUUCCCUGCUACUUUAGAAACGUGAAAGAUCUUCACAAUAUUCAGGCGAAAAUGGCAGGUAGAAGUAAAAAUGACGUCGAGAUCAGGGAAAUGAGAAGUGUGCCUGGAGCCACUGUGGAAGUUAUUGUUCACAGCGAAGAUACAUUGAACGCUAUAUACUAUCAGGACAUGGAAAUGAGAAAAGCUUUUUCUGCUUACCCAGACCUGCUUAUGUUAGACGCAACCUACAAAUUAAAUGAUUUGCGAAUGCCAGUAUAUUUGUUAAUAUGCGUGGAUGCAGAUGGAGAAAGCGAGAUUGUGGUGUUUGGAUAGUAAUGAAUGACGAGAAAUCGACAAUUGUCCGCAUGAGUGAAUGUUUCAAGAAACACAAUCCUAGCCAUAAUCAGAUAGAAGUAGCGGUCAUUGAUAAAGACAUGACGGAAAGGGAUACCUUGAAAGAACAGUUUUCUCGUGCAUCUAUACAGUUACGCUUGUUUCACACACUGAGAGCUUUCAAACGUGAGAUCACGACAAUAAAGAUUGGCAGCCAUAAAAUCAGAUAAACAUGAAAAAGUUUGUUAAGAAUGCUCUUGUAAAUAUAUACAUUCUGUGAAAUUCUCUAAAUUUCUUAUAAUUCCCCCAGACUCAUUUUAAAUAAAUAAAGCACGUGAGUGUCCCGUACGAAUGUAAGGAAAAUAAUAAAGUACACAAAUGUCACGUACGAAUAGAAAAAAUAUUAAAGUACGGUCACGUAUGAAUAGCCACUGCGUAGAUCUGAAGCUUCUGGAAAUUGUUUAUACAGUUCAGCAUCCUUGUGUUUGGGAAGUAACAAUAUGUUGGUGGACUUGCUACGACUUCUGGUAUUGUUGGAACUUUUUCUCUUCCCAAAUUUUUAUUCCAAUCAUCCUCUAUUUUCUUUCAUCUUUCAAGAGCAAAGAGGUUCUUUCAGUUCUCUGAAAAAUAUUCUAUUUUUCUGUGUUUUCCAUUUUGCUUGUGACAGCAAUAAAGAAGGGGAAGAGCUUAUAAAAGAGGAAGCUGUCUUAACUUUAAAUGACAAAAACUGGUCAAGUUUCCUUUGCCUUUCAGCUUUGUCCUCAGUUACAGGGAGAAUAUUACCCUGAUAUUGGAGAGGAAAAUCCGCCUGGGUUCGGUCCUGGGGAGGGGGGAUUCCGCCCCCCUUACGUUUUUUUAAAUAACUCCUUAUUGCUAUGUUAUUUGGCUAUGAAACUUAUUGAGUUUCAAUAUUUAUCUAUUAGACACCUGUAUGCCAAAUCCCAUACCUUUCAGAGGCUUGGAUAUUGGCCAUUACUCAAAACUACCCCUAAAAAUCUCUAUGAAAUCCUUAUAAUGGGUAAAAUUUAAUAUCUCGUGUUAAUCCGAUUUCCUGAUUUUGUCGGAUUUUACCCGAAAGUCGGAAAAAACCGGAUAUUCGGGCAAUUUUUGGCAAUUUUUUAUUCGAUACACGUACAAACCGGAAAAUAUGUUAAAUAACUUUUAUUUAGCUUUCAGAAACUUCAAACAGAAUACAAAAAUUCGAUCUGGAACAAAAGUAAUUAAAUUUUAAGCAGAUAGUGUCAUUUUUAACAAAUUUCAAGCUUCUGAUGACGUCACAGAAAAUGUGCUGACGCAAGCAAAAAUUUAUUGCUGCCAUUUUGUUCUUUUUUUGACGUACUAUAAGUGUGCCAAGUUUGAUUCAAUUUGAACAACCCUAUGAAAAGUUA